UUUGUCUCGCUCUCUCGCCUACCUUCAGCUGACGCGCAAGCGCACUCCCGCUGGAUGAAGGUCAGAAUAAAGUGGGGGAGGGCCUCGGAGUCGCGCAGGCGCGCUUCUGUGCCGGACUGCCAAGAUGUCGUUUCCCAAGUACCAGCCUUCGCGCCUGGCCACUCUACCCUCCACCCUCGACCCAGCCGAAUACGACAUAUCUCCAGAAGCCCGGAAGGCGCAAGCCGAGCGGUUGGCCAUAAGAUCCCGACUUAAACGGGAGUACCUGCUUCAGUACAACGACCCCAGCCGCCGAGGGCUCAUCGAAGAUCCUGCCUUGAUUCGUUGGACCUAUGCAAGAUCAGCAAAUAUCUAUCCCAAUUUCAGACCCACUCCCAAGACCUCACUCUUAGGAGCUCUAUUUGGAAUUGGGCCCCUCUUCUUCUGGUUUUAUGUUUUCAAAACUGACAGAGUAUGGGUGUGCCUCAGAAUGGCUGAGGGUGCUUACAGGCUUCUCACAGGAGGGGGAAGAAAACCUAGGGCAGGAAGCAAGUGAUGUGCUGCACAGCUGAGGUGUCUUGUUGACAGUUCCACACCUGCAGGAGCUAGGAGCUGCAGCAGC